AUGAAAAAGAUGGUCGACGGAACACUAAUAGUGAUGAGGUCUCACUCUAAUCAUGAGCGCUUAGAUGAUACCCCUGAAUUAGUAGAUGCUUUAAAAGCAGUACUAAAAAGAAGAGCUGCUACUGAAAAUAUUUUAUUAAAAGAAAUUUAUGACGAAGAGUGCCUAAGGCAUCCGAUAGCAGCUAGUUUAUAUCCAUGGCUUACAGCUGAAUCUUUAAUGCGUUUGGCCCGUAGGUCAGUAAUGCCUAGAUUGCCGGGGAGCCUUCAGGAACUAGCCACCUUAUUUGAUAAUGGGCAUCUUCAAAGAUACAAUUGCUGUGACAUUACAAUAUUUAGGAGCUGUAUUCGUGACCUUGAUGGUAAAACUAGCCUGAUAUUUGCAUGUCCAAUUUUGUCACAAAGUUUAUUUGGAACUGGAAUUGAGGAGCUUCAUGUAGACGCUACUUUUAAAGUGGUUCCAGUAAACAUGGGCUAUCAAUUAUUGAGCGUACAUGCUAUGAUACAAAAUUAUUCAAUACCAAUUAUAUUCGCACUAAUGGAAUCGAAGUCUAGAAAUUCAUAUGACAGUGUAUUUCGAUAUGUCAAAGAUAAUCUUUUAGCAAACAUUUCUCCAAGGAUUAUUAUAAGUGAUUAUGAAUCUACACUUAGAGAUGUUCUACAAUCAUAUUUCCCUGAAGCUCGAACAUCUGGUUGUUGGUUCCACCAUAAUCAAGCAGUUUUUAAAAAUAUGAAAAGUAAAGGAUACUAUAGGCUUGUAAAUACUAACCAAUUUGCACUGCAAAGCUUAAAGCUUUUAUUUGGCCUUCCAUUGCUUCCAUAUCAGGAUAUAGAAAGAGCAUUUCAAUUAAUUAAGAUGUAUGCAAUCAACCAUGGAGUAGCAAUGCAUAAUUUAUUUGACUAUUAUGAGAGGUAUUGGUUGCGCCGUGUGGGAACUCAGAUAAUUUCAGUUCAUGGACUUCCUAGGCGUACAAACAAUAAUAUUGAAAGUUUCCACAAUAAGUUAAGAAUACAAUUUUCAGUGACUCAUCCCAAUAUUUAUGGAUAUUUUUAA